UAUUUAGCGAGCAUCAAAUAUAGAAGAGAAGAAGAAGCAGUAAUGGCUGCCGGUGAGCAGUGAGGGCAGCAGGGUGAUCGGUGUCCGCAGCAUGGAGGCCUUCUGUCCGCGCGCUCAGGCUGAAGCUCCGCAGCAUCAUGUUUCCGGCGGAGGGAUCUACUAUCCCAGCUCAGAGCAGCCGAACCACACCCCUCCACCGUGGAUCCCUCCGUCCGCUAACUUCCCCGCACCUCCUCCUGGAGGAGCAGCAGCAGCUUUCGGAGGUUCUCGGUUUCCUCCUCCGUAUGGAUUCGGCCCCCCGCCGCCAUUCGGCUGCCCUCCACCAGGACACCUCCCGGGAAGCGCCCCUGCCCGGGCAGACUGCGGUGAUGGAGGGCUUCUCUACCGGGGCCCUCAGCACCUCCUCCAGGAGCGGAGCAGCGGCUGGGAACCAGAACCGGAGGAUGAGGAGGAGCUGCAGAGGAAGCGGGACCGCCGGUGGGUGGCCCGGUUAGUUGGGGGGAGAGGAGCCCGCGCGCCGCAGCAGCCUGAAGGAGGAUCCCUCCCCGCCUUCAGGGAGGCUCUGUACGGAGCAGCUGGGCUGCUCUCCCGGCUGCAGCAUCUCUGCGGCCUCCUGCAGGAGCUCCUGCAGGAGGCAGGAGGAGGCUGGGCGGAGUCCUACCAGAUGGCCCUGGAAGCAAAGACUGAGCUGCAGGAGGAGCUGCAGAGACUCUCUGACCCCCACAGAUUAAAUCAGCUGAAAGCUAAAGGGGCCCGCAUCGCCAGGAGGAGGGGCCGGAGCCUGAGGGCCAAGAAGGAGCUGCAGAUGGAGGAGAAACUAGCAGCAGAUCUGAGCUCUGAGAAGGAGGCUUCCAUAGAUAACUGGAGGAGCAGACAGGUCCAGAAAGAAGAGGAGAAGAAGAAGGAGCUGGAGCUGAAGCGCUCUGCAGACGCCGUCCUGUGUGAGGUGAGGAAAAAGCAAGCAGACGUGAAAAGGAUGCAGGAUAUCAUGAGAUCUUUGGAGAAACUCCGGAAGCUGAGGAAAGAGGCAGCGUCCAGGAAAGGUAUUUCAACGGAGCUGCAGAGUGAUGAGGCGUUCAGCAUCCAGCUGGAGCAGCUUAGAGACGUGAUGAAGAAGCGGACGCAGCUUUACUCAGCAGAGGAGAAUGCUCUGAUGGUGAUGCUGGAAGGAGAGCAGCAGGAGGAGAGGAGGAAGGAGCAGGAGAGGCGAGUCUGGAAGGAGAGGGAGCGACAGCUGGAGAGGAGACGCAGGGUGGACUCCAUCCUCUUUGGAGAGGAGCUUCCAGCAGAUGGCGCCCUUCGGCCUUUCGUUGAGUAUUACAGCCAAGCAGAACACUCCCUGCAGGCGCUGAUACAGAUCAGGAGGGACUGGGAUGCGUUUCUGGUUGCAGGAGAUCAUCCGGAUGGUUCCUCGGUUCCUCAGAACUGGGUCCUGCCAGACUCCCCAUCAGACCAAACCUGGGCCUCUGCCCUGCAGGCUGCUGAAGAUGACCUCUGACCCACAGAGCAGACGAGGACUUCACGCCGACACAGUGACACUCAUACUAUGUAUGGGCCUGACUGAAGAUUUUGUUUCAAAAAGUAUUUUUGCUAUUUUCUUAACUGAGUUGAAAAUAAACAACAAAAUCAAAAGUCGAAA